AUGUCAUUCGGAAGAGACAAAGAAGAAAAAGAAAAGGAAUUCGAUAGAAUCAACGCUUUGUUCAUCGGGCCCAAGGGCGCCAACCUGCCCGAUUUCCGGGCUAACAUAAAUACUAUCCUAGAUGAGCUGCUAGAGACCAGGCUGGAUUACAUGCCCAAUGACACUAAAUUCAUUUCGAAAGAUGUCCGGCGUUCAAAAGCCUUCUCCAAAGUUCGAGACACGGUCGGAAAUGUAGUGAGGAAGACUGCCCAGGUGCUGGGAGCACAUUCAGUACCCUUCUGGACGCCGCGGUAUGAAGGCCAUAUGUGUACAGAUAUGACUAUGGCAUCCCUGUUGGGGUAUUUCAUGACCAUGCUGUAUAAUCCCAACAACGUGGCUCUCGAGGCUAGCCCUUUAACUACCGUGGCGGAGUAUCAAGUCGGGCAGCAGCUAUGCGAUCUCUUCAGAUACAACACCAAUUCGGAAAAGCAAGACUUGCCCUUGGCAUGGGGCCACAUCACUUGCGAUGGUACUAUUGCCAAUCUAGAAUCUAUCUGGGUCGCGCGAAAUCUGAAGUUCUACCCUUUGGCACUUCAAUGGGCUAUGGAUAUUAAGGGCGCGCUAUCCUUCAUACCAAACUUCGAGGUUAAUUCCUGGGCCGGUAGAGAUAAAGGAGAAAUCCCGAAAGACUUCAGGUCUCUGAAUACGUGGGAGUUGCUCAACCUACGGCCCAAGACAGUCCUUGACCUGCCAGACAUUCUGAGAAAGCGGUUUGGGAUUACCAGUGAUUUUCUGACAAAGGCUCUAAAGGAGUUCAAUAUUCAAACAACAGGUCGAGAGCCAUUGGAGCAGAAAUUUGGGAUUGAACAGCCAAUUCAGUAUCUUAUCGGAAAGACUCGUCAUUAUUCUUGGCCAAAGGGGGCCGCAAUUACCGGUCUCGGUGAUGGGAGUAUCACCGAAAUCGAUGUCGAUUUUGAUGCCCGCAUAGACAUUGCUUUGCUCGAGAAAAGGCUUAAGGAUUGUGCCGAAAAACAUCAGGCCGUCUAUGCUGUGGUAGCUAUUAUGGGCUCAACUGAGGAAGGGGCGGUGGAGCGGCUCACCGACAUCCUGAAGAUCCGGGAGAAAAUGCAAAAUGAAUAUGGAAUGACAUUCCUUGUUCAUGCCGAUGCCGCGUGGGGCGGCUACUUUGCUACAAUGCUGAAUCCAGAAAAAGAGAAGCCCCGGGGAAGUCCAGAAAAAAAGAAGUCCGGAGAAAGCGUUCAUAAUGGACUUGUACCAUCCUUGUAUCUGAAAGAGAGUACCGAGGAGGAUCUUCGAAAGCUGAAAGACGUCGACUCUAUUACUGUUGAUCCACACAAAGCCGGCUACGUUCCGUAUCCAGCGGGAAGUCUGCUGUACCGCGACGGUAGAAUGAGGUAUUUGGUGACGUGGUCAAGCCCGUACCUAUCACAGGGAUCAUCGGAAAACAUUGGCAUCUAUGGGGUAGAAGGAAGUAAACCUGGGGCCGCUGCUAUGUCCACGUGGCUUUCAAACAUCGUGGUUGGUCUCCAUCCUCACGGUUACGGCACGCUUCUUGGCGAAGCAGCGUACACCAGUGCCAUACUAUCUGCACAUUAUGCUACGAUGGGUCAUACACCUAAAGAGGAGGGAACAAACAAGUACUUUGUCUGUGUGCCCUUUAAUUUACUGAACGAAGAAAGAAUGAAGGGAGAAAAGCCAGAGAAUCCAGGUGGAGAAUAUCCCAAAGACGGGAAAAGCUUCUUUACCGAAAAGGUGCUGCAGAAGAGGCAACAGAUCCGGGAAGCUAUCAUCAACAAAGACAAUGCAAAGAUUCAGCAGGACGAAAACACGAUUGAAGUUCUCCGCGAACUAGGCUCAGACUUGAACAUCAAUGCGUUUGCACUCAACUGGUAUGAUGAAGAUGGGAAUUUGAAUACUGACCUCGAAGAAGCGAACUACUUAAUGAAGCAAGUUGUGGACAAGCUGUCUAUAACUUCCCCUAACACAGAGCUAGCGGAAAUACCCCUAUUCCUAACAUCAACAAAAUUCGAGCCAAAGCUCUACGGCAAAUGUGUCCGGAGAUUUAUGAGUCGACUAGGUGUCAAACCAUGCGAGGAGGAUAUGUUUGUGAUACGCAACGUGGUCAUGAGCCCAUUCCCAACCCAAGAGGGUUUCGUAGGUCGACUUAUGAAGGACUUCGAAGAUGUUAUUACCGAAAAAGUUCAGGAGUGCCGUGAUAGAAACAGGAAAGGCAGCAGGAAGGUCAAGUUCCUGGUCCAGGGCAAUACUAAAGUGUUCCUAGUCUUGCAGACAUCAUUCCACUGGGCUACUCUACGACAGCAGGUUAUCGUCGAGGCGCAAUUGGACGAUCGUCUCCAUGGAAGCUACACACGUCUCAAGACCGACCAUCCAGAGGACACAAUCAUACUUGAAUCCGAGAACAAAAUUGACCUGGAGGCGGAGCUAAAAAUAUUGGCGCCUGGCAGCACCUCGUUCGGGGCCGAGAUUUACAGGAAGACAGAGCCGUACGUCCUAGUCUGUGCCCUUAGCAUCACCAACACACUGACCAUAUGCAGGGAAACUCAUUACACAGGCAGCGUGAAGUUAACACAUGUGGUCAAAAGCCGUCCUCUUAACUCUAUCUAUCGGGACCUUGAAUAUCCUUCCGAAUUUAUGCCUUUCUAUCUCUAUGGCACCAAGGAGGAAAAGCACAUUACGCAUAUGCUUCUCAAAGCCCCUAACGCUGCGCUCUCCGCCAGCAAUGUCACCUUUGCUCCGGAGCUGGGUGAGGAUGUUUACGCGGAACUGUCGUCUGGGCUCAUAGUGACCCUGUCAGGGAAUCCCGAGGCUCCCAUGCAGCCAUUCCUAACUGACGACCAGUUGCGGGAUCCCAAAUCUAAGUAUGAGUUGCCGAAAAAUUUCCCCUUCAAGAGUCAAGAGCAAUUCAACGUGAAAGUCUGGAAAGAUCCCAAUGGGCCAGAGGCAAAGGGUCCAGGGCUGCUAAAUGGCCUAGAACGCUCAUUUGGCACCUUUAAGAUGACUUUGGGUGUUGGUGUGGACGUGGAUGCAAAAGGACCCAAUGAACUUCCAGAAGGAGUCCCCGGUACUAAACCUGGUGUGGAGGAUCCUAAGUCAGUUGAGGAGGAGCUCAACGAUAUCAAGAAAAUGAUCACCGACAGUCGUGGAAGCGCUUCUUAG